UUUUCUUGGCUCUCUUUGCAUACAACCUCCCAUAGGAGGGCAAAUCAGUUAAAUUCCAUGGUUUUCCUUCUACAGGGCAUGCAACAUCUUCGAAGUUACUAUAACUCAGAAGCUCAAAUGAUAAGAGGUGGGUUUCCUCAGCCAUUCAUCUCUAGGACAUACCAAACCAGUUUCUUGAAGCAAAGAUCAAAGACAGAGAUAAAAGUUGUAGCCGCAAAGAAACACAGUGAAGCUGAAAAGAGACGUAGAAUGAGAAUCAAUGGUCAAUAUGAAACCCUCCGAACUAUCCUUCCCAACUUGAUCAAAAAGGACAAGGCAUCGGUGUUGGCAGAGACUAUCAAGCAAGUGAAGGAGCUGAAGAAAAAAGUAUCAAAAGUGGAACAAGAGAGUUGUGGUAGCUCAUCAAAGGAUGUUGUUAAGUUUCCUAGUGGGGCAGACAGGUUGAGGUUGGAAAAAUGUAAUAAUGAGGAGGACCUAGUGAAGGCCACAUUGAGUUGCGAGGAUAGUAUGGGAUUGAUGUCUGCAAUAUCAAGGGCAAUGGGAUCAGUGAAAACCAAAGUGGUGAAGGCUGAGAUAGUGAGUGUGGGAGGGAGAAACAGAAGUGUGUUGUGGGUGCAAGGUCUUGGGAAUGAUCAUAUGGGGAUGCUCAAGAGCUCUUUGAAGAUUGCCAUGCACAAGCCAGCCUUUAAGAUGCGCCGUUCUACUCACUAAAUCUCUGUUCUUCAUUCUGACUUCUAAUGAUGGAGGAAUGUUGACUCAGUUAGGACCUAUAACAAGGACUAGUAACAAUAUUUAUGGUUUUGAGGGUUGUAGAAUAAUAAUGACAUUAGGAGCUUUGUGAAACUCAUGGCUUUCUCACGUUUAGGAUUACUUGAAAGAAAAAUUUAGUUUUUACAAUUUAGUAUGUGUACGAAUGUUAUGUCCCACUCUUCAUAUAAAGUAUAUGAUAUGUGACGGGUUAAUAUGUAAUGUGUUUGAUAAGGGAUAUGGAAGCCUCAAGUUUUCACUAUUGCGGAUGGACGUGACUUGUUGAAUGCGACGUAUUUCCUAACGCACUGGCAACCACUUUAAGACUCAAGUACAUAAUGAUGUGAAUAAUUAACAUGAAAUUGCUUUUGUAUUUUGUCCAUGAACCUGAGUAGUUGAAUACGGAAAGAAAUCCUGAGAAAUGCAUAAUUAGAGAUCACAAAAGUAACGUUCCAACGAAGAUAGGUUCGUAGUAACUUUGAACCACAUGACAACGCAGGACAAUUACUAAGUAAUUAUUAACUGCACAAACUUGAUUAUAAUCGGUGAAUUAUCACUCGAUUUAUUUUCCUUUAUUAGUUUCCUCAUUUUAUAGUUGUUCUAUAUACUGAUGAAUAAAUAAAAUCAUCCGAGUACAGAAUGAACAUUGAACAGGAAUCCUCAUUCUAUUUGGAUUAGCGAAAUAUUGAUUUU